AUGCCACGAUCAGCGAUAGAUGCCACGCGUUUCACGUCAACAACACCACAUGCAACCGCACCUGGCUCGACGCUCCCCCUAAAGGCUCGCCCAACUAAGCAACCUGGCCCAAAGGGCGAGACGCCCCAAGAGAAGGUUCGACGAUUAAGAGCAGCAGCGGAUAGAGCUCGAGAUGCCAAUAUCUCGACGUUUGAUAAACUCAUUAUCAGGGGGCGGGUAUGGGCGGACAGAGCGCACAGGUUUACGGCGCUGAGUUUGAUCGGUGCUACUUUCAUUUGUGGUGGAGUAACAGUCUAUGCGUUAGGAGACAUGAUGGCCUACAAUCGCCGGAAACGAGCGGAAUUCUACGCGGAACAGAAGGCAGUAUAUGCGGCGGGUAUACACGAUGCACGAGAGGCAGUCAAAUCUGGAACAGCGACCGAGGAACAAAUCAGUCUAAUCACGAAGGAUAAUGAGAUUGCGGCAAUCCAAGCUGCCAAGUUACAGAAGAAGGGCGUUUUCAAAAAGGGAAAAGAAUGGCUUUUUGCUGGUCUGAAGAAAGCGGAGGAAGGUGAUGAUGUAGGGACCAGUGAGAGGAGAUUGGGUUAUGAAGGCUCGAAUGAGGAGGAUGAUGGGUUGGGAGCACACGAGAGUGAUAUCAUACGCGCAAUUGAGGUGAAGAAGAUGGAGCUUACGGCGAAGGCUAAACAAGCCUUUGAAAAUGAGAAGGAGAGGCAAAGGACUGGUGGGCCGCUGGAUCAAUUAGGGACUGAGGCAACCAGGCCAUCUUCUAUAUUAGCAAAUGACAGGGCAGUCACCUAUCCCAUCGUCGCCCUUGAGCAUGACGCCCGGGCCAAACCUUGGCAAUGA